AUGGCCUUUCUACACGCUCACUCCUUCGAGUGUAUGAAAUCGGAGCUCGAGCUCUUUACACUACCACCGACACAGACCACUAUAGAGAGCGCCCAGUGGAUACACUACAACCCCAUCUCAUCGCUGACCGAUGACUCGCCCAUUGAAUUUGUCGUGCCGGGUAACGGCGACAAGUACCUUGAUCUAGCACACACCAUGCUGAGUUUACACGUACAGCUGCGCUCCAAGGACACGUCAUUAGCGGACGCUCUGAGCAAAGCAGCCCCUGUUAACAAUCUGCUACACUUGCUAUUCAAUCAGGUAGACGUAUUUCUUAAUCAGAAGCUCGUAUCGCCGCCUAAUAACGCGUACGCUUACAGAGCUUACAUAGAGACGCUAUUAAAUUACGGGCCCGCCGCUAAGGGGUUACACCUCUCGAGCGUGCUCUGGUACAACGACACACCCGGUCAUAUGGACGAUACAGCAGGCAAGAAUAUAGGCCUCGCGAAUAGGCAAGCGUUCGUCGGUAAAGACAGGACGGUCGAUCUGAUUGGCCAUUUACACUGCGAUGUGUUUAACCAAGAACAAUUUUUAUUAAACUGUGUCGAGCUCCGUUUACGACUUGUACGUACGAUAGAUGGCUUCUCCCUCAUGGAUCCCAAGAGCGAGUGCUCUUUACAUAUAACGGAGACUACGCUACUCGUUAGACGCGCUAAAAUAAGCCCUGAUAUUCUAAUAUGA